AUGAAGGUUAUCUCGAGUUUGCUGAGCUUGGCUGCUGUCGCAACCAUCGUUCCCACGGCAGUGGAUGCUGCACGUGCCGACACAUGCGAGGAUCAAAGUAAAUGCAUUGACUUUGAGAUCACAACUCUGGGCGCAGACGCGUGUGGAGUUGGAGGGAACUGUACCGUUGAAGUUUGCAUGCGAAUCCAAGCUGGUUCCUCCAACAACUUUGGAACCUGUCCCAAGGAUGUCGGCGGUGGUGGUUUCAGCCAUGUCUGUAGUCAAACCGACGCCGGUGGCUGCCCUAACUGGGGCGAUCAAGCUGAGACUAUUCCGCUUUUGGGACAAAGCGAUGGCACUGACUGCACUCUCACUGGACACGGAUCUGGGGCACCUGCCUUUGGUGACAAAUGCAGUGGUGAAGAUACCAUCGUUAUGUGUCAAGAGGGAGCUCCUGGUGCUACUCUCUACUGGAUUAUUAAGGACGGACAGGAUACAGAACAGGAGGAUCCACAGACUCUUUAUCCCUUCAUAUGGCAUGACACUCACCAAUGUGGAGCCGAGGUGAAAUGUUUCAACUAUGUGUACAAGUGUGGCGAUGGCAAAUCUGACACACAGACAAAGAAGGAGCGUACCUGGACAUUCAAGAUCCCAGACAGCGAUGGAAGCGAUUGCGAUCCUUGCACAUUUUACCCACCCACUCCUACCCCACCAUCCCCCACUCCUCCAAUCACUCCUGAACCUCCAAUUGUCAGUCCUCCACCAUCACCAACCCCUGUCGCUCCUGUCGCGCCUACCCCAACUAUCAAUACAGUCCCCUCACCAAGUGGAGGAAACGGAGACCCUCACUUCAAGACAUGGAAGAACGAGCACUAUGAAUACCAUGGACAGUGUGAUAUGGUCAUGACCAAGGAUGCCAACUUUGCUGAUGGCCUCGGUCUUGACAUUCAAAUCCGUACCAAGCUAGUUCGUUUCUGGAGUUACAUCCGCAACGCCUCCAUUCGCAUUGGUUCUGAUAUCAUUGAACUGGAAGGAUCCAGCGAUUCCGAGGAUCAAUCUAUCCGUUACUGGUACAACAUGGAGUUCCAAGCUGAGAACGCCAACACUUUGGGCGGAUUCCCCAUGACUAUUCGUCGCAUCUACUCCAUGAUGACCAAGAUCGAAAUCGACUUGAACAGCAUGUACCCAGGUGUCACCAUUGAAAUGUCCACCUACAAGGAAUUCAUCAAGGUGGAGGUGAAGGGAGCCACAGAAGAAGCCUUUGGCAAUGCUGUUGGUUUGCUAGGUGACUUCAAGACUGGAAAGACCCUCGCCCGCGAUGGUGUCACUGAGUUGCACGACUGGAAUGAAUUUGGAAACGAAUGGCAAAUCACACCAACCGAUGACAUGCUCUUCCAUUCUACCGUUGAUCCCCAAUUCCCAGAAAGGUGUAUCGUUCCCGAGGAUCCUCGUGGAGAUCGUCGCCGCCGGUUGGGCGAGUCCAACAUCACCAUGGAACAAGCCGAGAAGGCCUGCUCCGGAUUGAAGGAUUCUUUGGACCGAAAGGAUUGCGUCUAUGAUAUCUUGGCCACUCAAGAUAUGGGAAUGGCAGGUGCCUUUUAA